UGUAGUACAGUGUAGUGUAGUGUGUGUGUGUGUGUGUGUGUAUAGUGUAGUGCAGUGUAGUGUAGUGUAGUGUGUGUGUGUAUAUAUAGUGUAGUGCAGUGUAGUGUGUGUGCUAUUGCUUCAGUGGAGGUCACUGCUUUCACUGUUUUCAUUCACAGCGCUCUUAGAGGAAGAAAGCGGCCGGACGUCUCACACACAUCGAGAACCAACCCAAACCUGCAAAAACCACUUGAGCUUUUAAUUUAGAGGAACAAAAUGACGACUGCACCUUAUAACUAUUCCUAUAUUUUCAAAUAUAUCAUUAUUGGUGACAUGGGGGUUGGAAAGUCGUGUUUACUUCACCAGUUCACAGAAAAGAAAUUUAUGGCUGACUGUCCUCAUACAAUUGGUGUUGAGUUUGGCACACGGAUAAUGGAAGUGAGCGGGCAGAAGGUGAAGCUUCAGAUUUGGGAUACAGCAGGGCAGGAGAGAUUCCGAGCCGUCACGCGCAGCUACUACAGAGGAGCCGCCGGGGCCCUUAUGGUGUAUGACAUCACCAGGCGAAGCACAUACAACCACCUCAGCAGCUGGUUGACUGAUGCCAGGAAUCUCACCAACCCCAAUACUGUGAUCAUUCUAAUCGGUAACAAAGCAGACCUAGAAGCCCAACGAGAUGUCACAUAUGAAGAGGCCAAGCAGUUUGCUGAAGAAAAUGGUUUGUUAUUCCUCGAGGCAAGUGCAAAAACAGGUGAGAAUGUGGAGGAUGCAUUCCUUGAAGCAGCAAAGAAGAUCUACCAGAACAUUCAGGAUGGCAGUCUGGAUCUAAAUGCGGCAGAGUCGGGGGUCCAGCACAAGCCUACUGCCCCUCAGGGUGGGCGCCUCAGCAGUGAUGCACAGCCCCAGAAAAAGGGUUGUUGUACGUAACAUUGUUUUGUUUAAAAAAAUCUAAAACUGAAAUAUUGGAUUCUGUUUUAAAUUAGAUUUUUUGCAGUUUCACAUCAAAUCACCAAAUAUUUAUCCCUGUUUGUUCCUAUUCAGGAAAUAGUAUACAUGUACUAUACAACAUUACUAUUGUUUUGAAAGAAAUUCAAUGGAAGGUCCAUUGUAAAAAUCAGAUAUUACUUAGGUUGAUUCUGGCACAGUUAUUUUAACUUAGUAAUUGUUAUAGUAAUGUAUUGAAAAGGACAGGACAUAUUUUAAGUCCUGGAGAAUGUUUUUGCACUUUGCAGUUUUGAUUUGGCUUUCUGAGGACCUGGAGCUUGUGUGGUAUUACUGAGGUCUUAAAGGGAUAGUUCACCAAAAAAGGAAAAUUCUCAUCAUUUACUCACCCUCGUGUUGUCCCAGAUGUGCAUGACUUUCUUCUGCAGAACAUAAAUUAAGAUUUUUAGAAGAGUAUCUCCGGUCUGUUGCUUCCACAAAAUGCAAGUCAAAACGGUCCAAAAAGCACAUAAAGGCAUCAUAAAAGUAAUCCAUAUGACUUAAGUCCUUUUUUUUACUAUUAAACAUAUCGCUUCAGAAAAAAAUGGAUUGAACCACUGGAGUCUUAUGAAUUACUUCUGUAUGGCUUUAUUAGCUUUUUUUGAGCUUCAAAGUUCUGGCCACCAUUCACUUGCAUUGUAUGGACCAAAAAAGCUGAAAUAUUCUUCUAAAAAUCUUCAUUUGUGUUCUGCAGAAAAAGAAAGACACAUCUGGGAUGGAAUGAGGGUGAGGAAAUUAUGAGAGAAUAUUCAUUUUUGGGUGAACUAUCCCUUUAAGUCAGUCCUACUACAGGGUUUAAGAUCCCUUUUGGUCUGUUCUUAAGCAUCCAUAAAUAUUUCAAAAUCAAGUUUCUAUCAAUUCAGUGAUAGUUUAAGAAACAGACCUGUUCAGGGACCAUGUACCAAACAUCCAGGCCCUGCAAACCCUCAUCAUAUCGAGAUAUUCAUGUUUUACAUUGAUAAUUUCAGUUGCCUUAUGAUUUGAUUUUGUUCACUCUGAUGUGCUGCUCAUUUUAUUCUUACUCCUUGUAGCUUUUAUCAAACAAAGGAAUUCUAGCAAUUCACUUGUAAUAAAUUGCAAUAGAGAAAUUUGCCUUUUUUUGAACACCUUGAAAGCAUUCCAUUAAAUAUAUUUCCAAACACUGAUCAUAAUAUGCUCUGUGCUGGGUUUCUUUAUAGGUUUAAACAUUACGCAUGACAAGACUGCUUUUAAUAGGCAUCAUGUUAUUUGCCCAGUGUAAUUUAAGAAUAUGUAAUGCAAACCCAACCACAGCAUGACGAACAUGAUUGUGGGAAAACUCUGCCCAGAUCCAUUUAAUAGGUCAUCAACAAAAACUAAAAAUGGGCUGAUGUAACAACCAGCAAUUGUUUCUUUUUCCAUAGACGUUCAUCUGCAACAAACUGGUUAAAAAAGGCAAAAAAAGCACUCCAAAUAUUUUUUCUAUUACAUUUCUGUAUUAUGGUAGAUUGUAAACUGAAAAUCCAUGUUUUAAUUUGCUCCUACUGUCUUGCUUUUUUCACAUCUAUAAACAGCAAAAACUAACCUGAUCUUGAACUCAAGUAUGCCUUCUAUAAGUGACAUUUGUUUGUAAUUAUGUUAAUAAAGAUAUUACUGUAGACUG